CAUGUACGUCAGAACUUGCCCAUUGCGCAUGCCCAGUCUCUAACAGCCUACGGUACGGCACACCGGAGUCACAACAACCGACAGCCGUCCACCGUGAGCGGCCGUCAGCUCCGCGACUGUCCGCCCAUCAGGAGGCCGGAGCCGGGCAAGUUAGUGAGAGAGGCUGGGGGACCACGGAGCCGGAGCAGCGGACACACAGAGCGGAGCAGCGGGGCUGGAGAGCACGGAGCAGCCCGCUGAUUCACACCGGGUAACUGUCACCGUGUGUCCGCACACUCUGAUGCAGCUCCUGGUUCUUCUUCUCAUUAAACCGAGACUCAGCUGAUGGAUCGUUCCGCACGCUGAUAACUACAGCUAACAUUAGCCAGCGAGCUAACAGGCUAACACCGUAACACGGUCCCGGUAAUGUUAGAAUGGAAGGGAUAACGGUCACCAUGCUAGCGUCCCGGUAAACAGAACGACAGCCAUCGGUUAGCUGUUAGCCGUGUGCUAACAGCUAGCUACAAGCCAGGAGCUAACAGUUAGCUGCGGAACAUCUGGCCGAGCGGCCGAGGAUGGUCGCAGUGACAGCGGCUGUUCUGGAGGAGCGGCCCUACCCCGCCGGAGGUUCUUACAUUGUCACCCCCCCUGUUGGACUCAGGACCCGGCUGUGAGGCUUCAUGUAAACCGCUGAACGCUCACACGGUCCCUCCGUGCCGCCGCCGCAGACAUGCAGGCGGCGCCGCAGCAGUACGACUUCUUCUGCGACGAGAACGCGCACAAGUGGAGAGGCCUGCUCGUGCCCGCGCUGGAAAAGGUACUGAACCAGGUGCAUCCUAACCUGGUGUCCCAGCAGGAGGCGCUGCAGUACAUCGAGGAGCUGAUCCUGGUCCUGCUCAACAUGCUGUGUCAGGCUCAACCCCGCACCGUGCAGGACGUGGAGGAGCGGGUGCAGAAGAGCUUUCCUCACCCGAUAGAUAAGUGGGCGAUCGCUGAUGCUCAGGCUGCCAUCGAGAAGAGGAAGAGGAGGAAUCCUCUGGCUCUACCUGUGGACAAGAUCCACCCACUGCUGAAGGAGGUGCUUGGUUAUAAGAUAGACCACCAGGUGUCGGUCUACAUGGUCGCUGUGCUAGAGUACAUCUCUGCCGACAUCCUGAAGCUCGCCGGAAACUACGUCAGGAACAUCCGCCACUACGAGAUCUCCCAGCAGGACAUCACCGUGGCAAUGUGUGCUGACAAGAAGAGAAUUAUUCUGUGA